UUUAAACUAGGCGACGUGACGUUUGACUGGUUAGGCCGCCGGGAAAACGGGAUUAGCUCCUAGGAGCUAACUAGCUCGGUGCUCAGACGCUAACAAAGAGCCGGUUGCGCCUUCAGGCUUUGUGUCUUUGAAAAUGUUGCCGCUUAAAGUGCAUUCGUCGUCAUAUAAAGAGCCGGGAGGAAACGUAGUUGCACCGGACGAGUGACAAAUAGUGAAAUUGGACAAGAGUAAAUUUGGAUUAUUUUACCAGUGGGCCUUUGCUCAGAAGUCAAGUCGGGCAUCUGUAAGAAGGCUGUGUGCGUUUGUUCCUCACCAGCGAGUCCUUAUGCUUGACAGAAGCUGCAGCCCGUGUCUUACAGAAUGGGUGGUGUGGGCUUAGAGAGAUUUGUAUACAAACAUCAUAACUCUGUGCCCUGCUGUGGUGUUCAAGCCUUUUCCAAAAGAACGCCUCCCGUCGACCUCCCCCAAUCUUUGCACUAUGUGUAUGAAGACGGACUUUAAGCAACAGGGAAAGGAAAUUUGAGACUUUCUUUUUUCACCUUAGAUCCCUGGUACCGCUCAAACAAAAGCCCCUAGUCGUCAUGGAAGUCUCCUUAUUUUAAUUUUUCAGUUCUAGUCUUCCUGGACUCUUUGUGUGGGAUGUCGGAAAAGCCUGAUGACAAAAUGGUGAAGUUCCUGGCUCCCCCUCCAAAGAGUGGAAACGGUCCCAGCUCUGGCUCAGAUUCGAUGGUCAACGAAUCCCGUCCGACCGAGGUGAGGCGGCGGCAUCACACCAUGGAGCGUGACCGCUGCAACCCAGAGCACCGCUUCUUGCGCCGCAGCGUAAUCAGCGACUCCAAUGCCACGGCGUUGGCCCUCCCUUUGCCCAGCAGGAUCCCUAUACCCGCCGCUCAGCGGAACCAGUCGCGAGAGGCCCCGGCGCAGCGGCAACAGGCCGCCGUUGUUCGCACGCCGCAGGUUGAACAAAGCGCGCCUCGUAAAGAGGAGUCCGCCGAGUCUCUGGAAAGGGGAAAGCGAAAAGACCCGGAAAUUGCCAAGGCGAACAUCGUGCCUACGCAUCAGGCGUCUGCCAUCCUACAAGAUGUCUGUGACGCGGAGUUGGUGGCGGAGACCCAGUCGUCGCCAGACUUGAGCCAGAGCGAGCUGGACAACUCUGCCGACGCAAAGGUACCGCGCGAAGGAGAGGGGGAGGAAGAGGACAAAGACGCCGCCAAAGCUCGCGCCGAGGCGGAGCAGAGGGAAGCGGAGAAGAAAGUGCAGGAGGACAUCGAAGAGGCCGAGACCAAAGCAGUGGGAACAUCGCCGGACGGACGGUUCCUCAAGUUCGACAUUGAAAUUGGACGUGGCUCGUUCAAGACGGUCUACAAGGGCUUAGAUACGGAAACCACAGUGGAGGUGGCUUGGUGUGAGUUGCAGGACCGAAAACUGUCAAAGACGGAGCGGCAGCGCUUUAAGGAGGAAGCGGGGAUGUUAAAGGGAUUGCAACAUCCUAACAUUGUCCGCUUCUACGACUCCUGGGAGGGACCCUCCAAGGGCAAGAAAUGCAUUGUUCUGGUUACUGAACUCAUGACUUCUGGAACACUCAAAACGUAUCUGAAGAGGUUCAAGGUGAUGAAGAUUAAAGUGCUGCGGAGCUGGUGUCGCCAGAUCCUCAAGGGGCUCCAUUUCCUCCAUACCCGUGCACCGCCCAUCAUCCACCGGGACCUGAAAUGCGACAACAUUUUCAUCACAGGCCCAACGGGAUCUGUUAAGAUUGGAGACCUCGGACUGGCCACACUAAAGCGCGCAUCCUUCGCCAAGAGUGUUAUAGGUACCCCUGAGUUCAUGGCGCCUGAGAUGUAUGAGGAGAAGUACGACGAGUCAGUGGAUGUGUAUGCCUUUGGAAUGUGCAUGCUGGAGAUGGCCACCUCAGAGUACCCUUACUCAGAGUGCCAGAAUGCUGCACAGAUCUACCGCAGAGUGACCAGCGGCGUGAAGCCGGGCAGCUUCGACAAAGUAGCCAUUCCUGAGGUGAAAGAGAUCAUCGAGGGGUGUAUUCGCCAGAACAAGGAUGAGAGGUACUCGAUCAAGGACCUUCUGAACCACGCCUUCUUCCAGGAGGACACGGGUGUGCGUGUGGAGCUGGCUGAAGAGGACGAUGGAGAGAUGGAAGCGAUCAAGUUGUGGCUGAGAAUUGAGGACAUCAAGAAGCUAAAGGGAAAGUACAAAGACAACGAAGCGAUCGAGUUUUCCUUCGACCUUACCAAGGACGUCCCGGAUGACGUCGCUCAGGAAAUGGUUGAGUCUGGGUACGUGUGCGAAGGUGACCACAAGACUAUUGCAAAGGCCAUCAAGGACAGAGUGUCUCUCAUCAGUCGUAAGAGAGCACAACGACAGCAGGUGAGAGAAGAUCAGGAGAAGAGAAUCAUUGAAGAAGAACAACAACAGGGUCCGAUACAAACAGUCCAGCAACCGAGCCACCCGCCCAGCAAAGAGGCGCCCGUGUCCCAGUCGGUGCCGCAGCCAGCCGCCUAUGUUCCUGCUCCGCAAGCCAACCAACACGGCUUACCCAUCCCAGCUGCGUCUCAGCAGAGCCUUGCCAGCGCUCCCUACAACACUUCUCAACCCACCCAGCUGACGGGCUUGACACAGGGGGUCUCUUAUGUCCCCCAGUCGACUGGGCAAGUCCCUGUUCAAAGUCCGAGUUUGGCUGCCAGUCAUCCGGAGUCAGAGGAGCCCGAGGCUGACCAGCAUCAGCACAGUGUCGGAGUCCCUCACGUAGGCGACAGAGCAUCUGGUUCGUCUGCGCUCGCCGAAGCUCAGCCCGCUCAGCCCGGAAUGUCCUACUGCGCCCCUCCCAGUCAACAGCUUCACCCCCAAGUGGCAUGCCCUCAGACACAAAAUGACCAAAUGCAACAGCAGCAUGUGUCAAUGGUUCAAGCCCAGAUGCCAGGUGUCCAGGCAGAACUUGUCCCCACUCUUCCCACCAGCCAGUCUCUCCCAGUGGCACCGCAGCAGUAUGGAGUAUACUACCAACCAUCACUUCCCCCUAAGAUUCCCACCCAGCAGCAGGUGAUAAUGCCUCCAUCCUCUCAGUCGUCCCCUCCACCACCACCACCACCACAGCAGCCGCAAGAGCAGCAGCCACCGGAGAACAACACGGUCCUUCAAGGCUCCUCUCUACCGCAGGCACAGGCUGGAACUCAACCGUUGCAGUCUUGGGCCAGUAGUCCAAAUUCUUUCAUCCUGUCUCCACCACCCAACGGAGAGCACCUAUUCUUCCUCUAUCAGGCGUCUUGCCCCUCUGCACUGCAGGCGUCUGCCGGUCAGUCAACACCGGCCGAGCAGUCGCCCGCGCCAUCUUCUCUUGUGCUGCCGUCCGUGGAAAGCUGUUUGUCAGACGCAGCUUCAGGCCUAAGUGACGGCAACGAGGGCACUUCAACAUCAGGAGGCCGCCACGAAGGCCGCUCACUGAAACGGUACCAACGGCGGUCUGUCCGCAGCCGCUCUCGGCACGACAAGGGUGCCAAGGCCAAACUGAAUGUUCUCAGUAUCUCAAAUGCUGGCGACAGAGUUGCAGAGUGCCAGCUGGAAACGCACAACAGGAAGAUGGUGACCUUCAGAUUUGAUUUGGACGGCGAUAAUGCGGAAGAGAUUGCACAGAUAAUGGUUGAGAGUGAGUUCAUCCUCGAAAGUGAGCGGGAAUCCUUCAUCGAGCAGGUCCGUGAAGUCAUCGAAAUGGCUGAUGAGAAAGGGGAGGGCAUGAAGGAAGCCUUUCCUCAGAUGAGUGAGCUUCAACAGCAGCCAGAGCUUUCUGUUCCCAUGCUGCCUGGAAUCUCCCCGAGCACUACGGCCCAGGUGGUCCAUUCAGCGGGACGAAGGUUCAUUGUCAGCCCAGUACCCGAAUCCCGUCUGAGAGAACAGUUUUUCGGUGCACCCUCGGCUAAUACCUCUGUUGGUGAUGAGCCUGGCCCAGGGCCCACUAUGACAUCAGGCCUUUCUUUAUCCGCUCCAUCUGGGAUUCUGCAGCAGGCUUUCAACCAAAUGAGGCAGGAUCACGCAGAGCGAGGCAGCAGCGCGAUUGAAUCUACGAGCGCCGAUCAGGACGCCGGCACGGUCCCGUCCAAUGACGCCGGACUUGUCCCAAACACCCAGUGUGCUCUGGCUCCUCUCGAAACGGUACCUUCCACCGCUAGUUGUAGUUUCCCCCGUAUUGGGCUCGUUUCAACUGCGACGCCUCAGCCCCGCCCCCCAAGUGGAAGAGUUUCUCCUCCAGCUGUAUCAUCCCAGUCCCCAGCUCCAGCUCCAGCUCCAGCUCCCGUUCCCGUCCCCAGUGAGCCCCUUCCGCCGGCCCACGCUUGCCAUGAAACGGCGCCCUCGCAGAUCGCACCCACUGUCGGUGUCCCCGCCUCCUCUUCCUCCCUUUCCGCACCGGCCGCGCAGACCUCCGCCCCCGUGCUGCCCCCGCCCCAGCCGAGCGCUAAUACAGGCACUGUCCCUGCCGUCGAGCCGCAACCUUUUAACAGUGCCGCCACGUCUUCUCAACCCAUGAAUUCAGCCGCACUUGCAUCUCAGCCCGUGCCCGGUCAGAACCAGCCCCAGACAGUAGAGUCUGAGGGCGCCGAGCUUCAGACCAAAACGGCGGGCAGAGACGAUAUCCAAGCCCUCGACAAGAAGCUGCGAUCCCUUUUUAAAGACCAGAGUACAAGUUCCUCUAGCACGUCAGUGGAUCCCGGUCAGAACACCGGGACCUCUUCCCCUCCCGCCGGAACAUCCUCCCCUCCUCCUGGUGCCGCUCUGGUGCCUCCCUCAAACCUCCCUCUCACAUCCGGGGUACAGGGCGUCACUCCACUGUCUACAAGCACCCCAGGGGGACACACCCAGACCCCUCCAUCCAAGCCAAGGGCACAGACGUUACCUACUGGUUUUGACCAAGCUGCUACUCUGCCCUCGGACCCUUUACCACCAUUCCCUGGACCAAAUCAGUCCCAGCCACCUCUGGGUAAUUUGGAUGCCCAGCUAAGGAGAGCUCUGAGCCCGGAGACCGUCCAGGGUGGCAACACAGUCCAGCCUCCCGUAGCGGCUUUCACUCUGGGUCGUUUCCAAGUGUCUGUCGCUCCAGAUCGAGCCGGCAUCGUCUCCUCUUCCUCCCUCACACCCUCCUCCUCCUCCUCCUCUUCUUCCUCCCCCCCCUCAAGCCCCGAAAACACCCUCCACCGCUCGUCCGCUCUGCCGGCCGCAGUGUGUGAAACGGACCACAACGGCGGAGACGUGUCUCUCCCUGCCACUUCUGCCAGCCAACCCCCCACCAUAGCAAUAGGGCGCUUCCAGGUUUCCACCAGCAGCAACGCCGCAUCAGGAGAAACGGCUCCCUCCAAAGUGGGACGCUUUUCAGUCACAGUGACAUCAGCGGCAGGUUCGAGUCCAUCGCACAGUUCGGGUGUCCAAAACGGGCCCUCCACGGACCCUCAUAAAGCACACACCCCGUAUAGCAGCGACAACGAUGACGACUCGGGAACGGAGGACGAAGCGUUGCAGAAAGAAGUCAGUCGUCUCAGAGAGAGACACAUGCUGGAGGUCCAAGCCCUGCAGACCCGUCAGAAAGAGGAAAUCGAGGCGCUCUUUACCCGGCUGGGGAAAAGCGCUCCUCCUUCCGUCCUUUCACCCGCUGUGGCCAUGGCCGGAGGGCGACGAAGGCUCAAGAGCAAAAGCCAGAAAUCCCCCCGCAGCAGUGGCCAGCCCAGCCCCCUAUUCUCCGGAUGUCUGGCCUCAGCUCACAGUACUGACGGCUGCGAGUCUCCCCCGAAACAAAGUGCACCUUUGGCUGCGGAGGCUUCCCAAACAGAAGUGGAAACGCCUUUAACAGAGCUCAGACCCUCUCCAUCCUUGCCCAGUCUCAGCAGUUGCUCCACAGGAGCCAGUGGGACCACCUCCACAAACGGCUCGGGCCCCUGCCGGAACCACUCGCCUUCCCUGACACGUGCGAGCGGAGCGCCUAACGCCGUCGCUGCCGCUAACACCCAGAAGUGCAAGGGUACCUUCACAGAUGACCUGCACCAGCUGGUGGAUAACUGGGCCAAAGACAUCAGUCUCUCGCAGGGCAAGAGGGCUCCUAAAACCGGAGCGCAGGCAGCUCAGGGACAUGAUGUAAUCCCUCCCGCCAACAUGGGUCGCAAGUUCUCGGCUCCCGGCUACCUCUGCCCGACCCUCCCCGCGCCUCCCGGCACCGCCGCCGGUAGCCCCGCCGCCAGCGCUCACCUCCCCAACCCCGCCAACCCCUCCGUCCCGUUGGGCCCUCGGAAAGGCUCCCUGGGCCCGGGCUUCGGGUACGCCUCGGCGCCGUACGGCGCCCCUCAGUGGGCGGGACCCACGGGCAACUGCCAGGUCGGCAUGCUCAAUCCCGCCCAGUACCAGCCGCCCGUGACCCCCCCGGUGCCCACGCACCAAGGGUACAACAUGGGGACGACCGCGUCGGCCAACCAGAAAUCGGUCAGCCAGAGAGGAUCCAAUUUAAGGCCCACGUAGCCCGGUCCAGCUCGAAGCGCACGCGGAACAACGAGCUCUCUCCUGCUUAUUUUCUUCCCACUUGAGUUUUCUUUUUUACGAUUGCUACAUGUCGUCCUCUCGGGCAGAUUGAAGUCUGCCGGGCCCCUUCGGAGGGAGCGUGCAAUACACGAACACACACACACACACACGGCGUCCACUCGGCCCGCCCGCUAGCUGUGAAAUUGAGCUGUGAUGAGCUGAUCGGUCAGCCAAAGAUGUCUUUGUUUUCUUGUCGUCGAGGGCAGACGUGCGCCGCUCGCAAAAAGUUCCGGAUGUUGGGCUUUCGGGCAACAUUUCAGGAUGAGCCGAAAAUGCACUGCAAUCCACUUUUCUUUACUAAAUGUUCUGGGACUCGUCCAGUCUCUCCGCAUCCGUUUCAACCUUCUGACGACACUCGCUUCGCUCGAUGAAUUUAACGAUACGUUUCCAAGGACGUCCUCUCGUGUGCCUUUCUGCGACUCCUCCAGUCUCGCUGUCGCAACCUGCUGAUGACGCCAUAAGCUCAGCGGCCUCUUUCACGUCACGUCACGUCACGCCAUUGCCAGACUAUCGGGAGUUGAUGGCCUUUGAGUGGCAAUUUAUUGGGCGCGUCGUGGAUUAAAGCUUCGAGUGUCACCAGCAGGUCGCAACAGAGAGAAAAAGAGACUGGAAGUCACACAAAGGCAUAGAAGUGGACAUCCCCUUGGAAACCGUUGUGAAGUUUUGCAGUUCAGCUCUUUAUUCUAGUCCAGCAAAUUCUGCCAAAAGGUACUGAAACAUUCAGAAGUUUAGGCAAAGUCCAAAGUAAGUGAACGUGUCAUGGUUCGAGGGCAUUUUCAGGUUCAUCCGGAAAGCCCAACGUCCCUAACCCUUUUUUGUCAGUAGCGUACUGCAAGUUGUUGUCAUUCCAAGCCAAAAGCGGGACGAAGUCAAUAUUGACGUGCUUGUACGAGGUUAAGUUGUGUCGGCGAGAGAGCAAGUAGAAAGACUUGGUAAGUUGAGCAGGAGUGUGACGGCGGCUUGCAAAAAAAAAAAAUAUAUAUAUAUAUGUGUACACGGUGAAGUCAAUGCAAUAAUUAACGAGAGAGGAGAAGAGAAGAGAAGAGAAGAGAAGAGAAGCAACUGCCCCCCCCCCCCCUCUUUUUGUAACUGUGGCCUUAUUCCCUGAAGACGUUUUUGUACAUAGAUAUUCGGCAUAUUUAUGUCUGGUGUCAAUUGUGAUUUUGUGUUUUCUACACGCGUUGAAUAUACGAACGACUAUGAGGAAAAAAACCACAAAAGGCAUCUCGGUGUUGAGCACCGCGAAAUGGAGGCGAUGCUGCUGUCGAUCACGAUCUGGCUCGGGUGUUGUUUUUUUCUCUUAUUUUCUAUUUGUUGGUUUACACUUGAAUUGAACUAAUCCCACAUCGGUUCCUCGCAAAAACCACCAAACUCUCAAGUCAAAUAGUUUGGGUUUGUAGUUUUCAGACAGCGUAUGCGAUGAUUAGCCAGUUCUUUAGUGGGGUUCCCUCGUUUUCUGUGGUCGUUUUUUUUUUUUUUGUACACAUCUAUUUAAUAAACAAAAAUGUUCUUUAUGGACCUGUAUUCAACCAUCAGAUUUUGAUGUUGUCUCACUGUAAUUAUUAAAAGGUUGUUAAACAACAUGUAGUUAAAGGAAUAUAAAAAAGUGCAAUUGCAGGGUUUAUUAUUAUUAUUAUUAUUAUUAUCUCAAUGUACUCUCUCAUCCUGCUGUAUAUGAAGCUCUUCUAUCUCGGACUGCCCAACCAACAAGCUUUUUAGCUUCUGGCUUUCUAUUUGAUUGUACAUACUGUAGUUUAAUGUGCGGCUAGCUGCUACUUUUUUUUUUUUUUUUUUUUAUUACAUGUGAUGCACCGUGACUAGAGAACGCACGCACACGCACCCCGCAAAACGUGAGGAAGACUUUAGUGCCUUGCAUCCUUACUGUUGAUAAGUUUUACGGAAAAAGCCGCUUCAGCAUUUAUUCCGAAUGGGCCAUGUACUAGUACGCUUUUUGUCCUCACUAGGAAGGCAAUACAACGCACUAGAAGAACAACUGUCUUACUGGCAAUGUUGUUUCUACUACUAGUAUGACCUUAAGUUGGAUAUCGGAUAGAUGCUCAAAUGAAUACGAUAUCCUUGAGAACCAGCAUCAGGUCCAUGUACUAGUACAAGCUUUGUCUUCAUUAGUAGGACAAUGACAUUUUACUAGUGGGGCGAAAAUGUUGACAUCUGAGCACUACAAGUACUACUGCAUGUCAACUAAAUACUCAAAUGGCUUCUUGGCAAACAGCAUUUUUUGUUUUUUUUUAUAUCCAUCUUAAGGUCCAUGCACUUGUACGCUCUUUGUCCCCUACUAAUUGACCGCACUAGUAGAACUGCUGCAUGACAUUUCUGCACACUAGUAGAACAACUUUGACAUACUAAUAGGGCGACCACUUGUUACUAGUGGGGCAAAACUGUGCAUUAGUUGAUAUCUGCAUGUGCUACCAGUACUACUAGUGAUAAGCUAGAUGUUAUCAUGUCACUAGUAGUCCGAGUAGCAUCCAGUUGUCAAUUAGUGCACAAAUUUGCCUCACUAGACGCAUGCAGCUGCCCUCGUAGUGAGGACAAAGCGGUCAACUUACUACUAGUAGACAGACACGUGUUGUUUUGCCUGACUAGUAACCUGCAAUUGUCGUCCUAGUAAGGACUGAGGUUAACGCCCUAAUAGGAAACAGUCGUUUUACUAGUCAGGACCAAGAGUGUACUAGUACAUGGACCUUAAGGAUUUGGAAUAAACGCUCAAACGGCUUUCCCUGCACGUCCCAAGUCGGCCCCGUACGCAAUGUGAAUGCACCGCGAACAAUGUAGAGGUUGGAAAUGUUCUCCUGGUUAUUUUCUGCUUUGACUUGGCUCAUUCUUGUGCUUUUGGCUGGCUUUUUUUUUGGGUGGAUUUCUCAUGAAACCCAUUUCACAGAGGCGCUCCAGUGGCCCGCUCAUAGUUUGGACGACUAGUUAAAACUUCUCUAGAGAAAAAAAUAAGUUCCUGCAAUGCAGAAUAUGCAAAGUUUUAUAGGGACAGAGGGUUCGUGGAGUCUUUGCCUGACGACGAGGGUUACCGACUUCAGUUUUUUGAUAGGGGAACGCUACUUAGGAUUGUUUGCCUUUCGGGGUCAGGUUUCCCCUCAUCCGCAUCCGCCAAUGUCACAGGCACAAGUUGAAUAGCGGCGUAUAUAACUGUGUUUUCUGCAUGCCAGCUUCACUGGUGUUCAAUCUGACAGCCACUGUACAGCACAAACCUAAAAGAUCCGCAAAGGACCUCAAAACAACACGUGAGGCUACUGACAAUUCUACUCUCUGUAUUGACUUCUGUGAUUUGGUGUCUGGUUUUGUGUAUGUUUUUCACAUUGUACAAAAUGUAAAAACAAAUUAAAAAUAUGAAUUAAAUUGCC